UUUACUUUCCUUCUCUUUUCCAACAUCUACGAUUGAAGAUACUGCACGCAUUUCGUUGCAGCUCCUAAUUCAAUCAAUUUUAGGAAUAAUUUAUUAAAAUGGCUAAGCGUACCAGGAAAGUCGGAAUCGUCGGUAAAUAUGGCACCCGUUAUGGUGCAUCGUUGCGUAAAAUGGUGAAGAAGAUGGAAAUCACCCAACACGCAAAGUACACCUGCACUUUCUGCGGAAAGGAUGCCAUGAAGCGAUCCUGCGUAGGAAUCUGGUCCUGCAAGCGGUGCAAGCGGGUUGUCGCUGGCGGAGCCUGGGUUUACUCUACGACCGCAGCUGCCUCUGUGCGAUCUGCUGUUCGUCGUCUGCGUGAACUGUAAAAACUUAUGCUGAUGCCCAGAAAGUUUUAAUUUCCUGUACAAUAAGUGCGAACACAGCUUGGCCUGUGGUACGGUGGAACCGUUUGGAGAGCAAGAAAUAAACUGAUCGGAUACAUCUGGAAGGUGA